AUGAGCAAAUGCGACGUGUUCCAUUUAGGAAAGAACUCGCGCAACGUGGCGUUGCAAGACGCGGAUCGGAUGGUGGGGCAGUUUCAGGAGGUUGCGAGUCAAAUAGAGGAGAUUAUCGGGGGAGGAGACGUGAUUCCUGUGAAACGAGUUAACCAGUUGAAGAAGCUGAAGAGACGGAAGGAUGUUCUCAUGCGUCAGUGGGCCGUAAGGGAUUCUCUAAAGUACUUUUGGAAGGUUCCAGGAAGCGAGGCCGAGGGGCAGGAUGGGGGAGCAUCAGGAGCUACCAACGGCAGCAGAUGCGGUGCACCUUGGGAUCAGUUUUCCCCAGAGGAGUUCUGCGAAAUCAUGGAUAAGAAAACCAUGCUUAUAGUGGGUGAUUCAUUGAACCUGCUUUUAGCCGAUGCCAUCCGAUUCAACGUGAGACUAGACGUGAACGAUUUCUUACUGGAUAAGAGCUUCGACGAGUCGUGGAUGGACGAGAUCGCAGCACAGAACGUAUCGAUGGUGGUGAUGAACCGAGGCGCCCACUACAUUUCAGACGACAGGUUUGAGCGGCAGUUGCAGUCCACUCUGCUGGCCCUCCGACAGGCCCACCCCGAGCUCCUUAUUAUCGCCCGAAACACCCCUGCCGGUCACCCCGGAUGCUGGCUGCACCGGAAGCCGCUUUCCCAGAAGCUUCUGGAGCUGCCGCACGAUGACUGGCACUGGGACGGGUUUGCGGCGCAGAAUGGGAUUGUGAGGAGGUUGGUGGAGGGCGUGGGGGGCGUGUACAUGGAUGUGAAUGCGUCGACUGUGUGGCGACCCGAUGGGCAUGUGGGGCGCUGGGACUGCCUGCACUACUGCCACCCGGGGCCUGUAGAUACAUGGGUGCAGCUUCUCUUCAACCUGCUGCUGGGGCUGCUCGUGGCUGCUGAAUGA